AUGAACAAGAUGAAACAACUAAAACAACUCAUUCCACCUUUACUUCCCCAAUUACAUAAGGGCCAGAGGGGCAAGCUUGCAGUGAUUGGUGGCUCCGAAGAUUAUACCGGUGCUCCUUACUUUGCCGGAUACUCUGCAAUGUUGGCAGGAGUUGACCUCGUACAUAUCAUCACUGUGGAAAGUGCAGCUUCAGUGAUUAAGACGUACUCUCCAGAUUUGAUGGUGCAUCCGUAUCGUGUUGAAAGACGGAACCAAAUAGUGGACUUAAUAUCCAAAAUGGAUGUCGUUAUUAUUGGCCCCGGAUUGGGACGUGAACGAGACGCCAUGGCAGAAUUAAUGUAUUUGGCAAUUGACCAAUUGGUUAAAAAUAAGACACCACUUGUUCUUGAUGCUGAUGCAUUAUACAGACUUGCAGUUGAUAAGGAACUACAAGAUCUGGUGCUCUCCAAUGAUACCAGCCAUUUGGUGCUUACCCCUAACGUGAUUGAACUUCGGAGGCUCGCUGACGCCUUCAAUGUUGAAACGGAGGCUCAGCUUGCCGCUAAACUAGGUUGUACGCUAUUGGCCAAAUCCCAAACGGACAAGAUAUUCAACACCGUCUUACUAGAGGAGCCACUGGAGUGCAAGGAACCGGGGAGUUUGAAACGAGUCGGUGGUCAGGGGGACACUCUGUCUGGGCUUGUUGGAGCGUUUCUUGCUUGGAACAGUAGUGUUCCAGAGAAGAUCCCGUUAUGCUGUCUUGCCGGUAGUACGGCAGUGAGGAUCGCCGGUCAUGCUGCUUAUGAGGAACACGGCAGAGGAAUGCUUGCUUCACAUUUACACAAACACAUUGAAGAUGCCAUCAGAAACAUUGAAGAUGCCGAAUAG